AUGGCCGCACUCACAUUCCUUCUGCAAAUAUGGACACUCUGUUACAGUUUGUUGAACGUUUUUCGUGGAAUGUGGGAGGAUCGCAUAACUGCCUCUUGCAAUCAUCACAACGACAACCAUAUCAAUAAUGAUGUUUUAUCCCCACAAUCAUCGAUUGAUUACUGGCAGCAACAACAUGGGGGUCGCCGACAAUCACUCGCCACCCACAAGCUAUUGACCAGCAUGCAGUGGCGACCCAUGCUUGCUUCUUUCGGCGUUUUACUUCACGUUGUCCUCUUUGCGGCAAUAUUCCUAAUCCUGAGGCAAGACCAUGGGUAUCCCGCUUCAAAAUAUGAUGAUUGGGUCUCUUGCCUGUUAUCUUCCGGAGAUAAAAACCAUUGCAUCGAAUACGCUUCCGACUUGGGCCCGAACGAAAAGCUUGUUGUUGCCUCCUUCUUCAUGCUUGCUGUAUCCGGUUUCUGGGGCAUUUUAAUCGUGACGCGCUUUUCCAUGUUUGACGGCUGGCUGGAAGUACUCAAUUGCCGACACAGGACACCUUCUAGAUCCUCAAUGGUUGCUACAGGUCCACAUGACGAGUUUCCACUUCAUCGGGCGUCUACUAAUGACGGUUGUGAUGCCAGUUUCAAUACAACCUCAAGUCUACCAUCUGCCAAUAUGAAGUAG